GAUGCCGAAAAUGCGAUUGCGUGUGCGUUAAGGAUGCAGGCGGCGGCAGGAGCUGGUGGGGGACUAUAUCUUGAGGUGGCGGUCCUCCGCAGGAGGUCUUAUCACUUGCUCUUCGACGCUCGUCCCCAAAGGAUUGUUUCAAAGAAACUUCAAUCGUCAGACAUGAAGCUGAACGGCACUUGCAUCAUGCUGCUGCUUAUCGUGUGCGCGUUCUGGACCAUCGGGGAGACUCUGUCCUGCGACCAGUGCGGCAGGGAAUGCGCCGACAUAUGCGGCACCCGACAGUUCCGGGCCUGUUGCUUCAACAACAUGAAGAAGAGGCAGUACGACGGUGGAUUGAAGCUGUGGAUGAGACCGCGCCGAUACACCAUUCGCCUGCAGCCGGACUACGACGUGUAAACGAUCGCACGACGGAAUUGUUUAACGCACACGCGUCGGUUUUACAAAAUUGCACGGCGUUCCUUCGCUUCUGCGGCUAGACGGUUUAAUCAUUUCAGAAUGUAUUACGUAUAUGCACACGUACACUCAGGGAUUACUUCAUUAUUUUCCAUAGCGAAUUGUCCUGGAUGUAUUUGACCAACUAUGGUUUCGCUUAUAAUUGUUAUAAGUUGAUUAUAGUUGACGAUGAAAUACAUGAGACUUUCAACUUGUCGUUCGUUGCUUCGUCGAUUCUAGGUCCAAGAAAUAGAAUAUUUCUGGUAACGAAUGUGAACGGUUUAUGUUAUAUUCUUUUUUUGGAGGCGGUUGGGUUUGUGAACAUGUUUGUAGUGUUUUAUGUGGGUAGGUAAUUUAUGUUAUAAUUAGACGAGCCACCGUUGUAUGCGUUUAACUGCUUUCUUCAACGGAAAUGAUUGAUUCGCCUCGUCGGAAGAUGCGUCUAGUUUAUUCAACAGUUUUUUCCCUUUGUUUCUGAUCAUGUUCCACUGCAGUUUAUCCAAAUCGGGAUAUGAUUCGUUAUUCAGUAGUACUAUUAACUCUGAUUUGUUCUUAACAUUGUCCAGUGUUAAUACUUUUGGUGGGUCUCUCUUUUUAUUUAAACGUUUCGGUGUCAUUUUGAAAUUUUCACGUUUUAUACUUAAACCGUCGUCUUCGAUAUUUUGACUGAUUUUAUCUUCGACUUCUAUGAUUUCUUUGUGUUUCUCCUUUUUUGCAACUACAGGCGCAUUUUGCAAUGUAUUCUGUUUAGUUGGUUUUAAAUUAAAAGUGCGGCGAUCUAUAAAUUCUAUGAAAAAAAAGAACUGUUAAUUAUUUCUACAUUUAUGUGUUGUAUAAGUUAAUGUUAAGGUGCCAAUCCUUGUACCUCCUGGAUCAUUGUCAAAAAUAAGAUUUUGUUCCCCUAUUGUUACAUUGUUAUAUGUUAAAUUUUCUUUCUGUGGAUUCAAAGAACUGGUUUGAUGCGUUUCCUUGCUGUAGUUACACACAUCUAAUGCUAUGUCUUCAUCUGAGUCGUAAUCACGGGGAAUAAUUAAUUUGAACAUUGUAUUACUUAAUCCAUAAGUACUGGGAACACUGUGCAAAUGCAAAUUAUCAGUCAUGAGACAAUUACACAGCGGUAUAUACAGAAUUUGCAUUUUACACUUACUUUGAUAUAGGUUCAUUUAUCCAUGGCAAUGCUAGCCAUACUUCUAAAUUAGUUGGCAGUUCAAACUCUGUAGGAAGCCAAUUUACACCUAUUGCUUUGAAUAAUUCUAAGUACUGAUAUAAAUCAU